GAUGGCGGUGACGGCUGAACGACCGUCACUUUCACGACACAAAACUCCCCAAAACCCCCACAAACAGGAUGGAAACUGCCAUAUGAUGACUUACUUAUAAUCUACCAUGAGCGUGGGGCUCAGCCAAGUGGAUUUCGAUCCUAAGGUAGCACAAUACGCGACGGUGAUCUGAUAAAUGACAACCUUCGGCAUAGGAAUACACGAGCUGAAUACGAGACCCAAGCAAACUUUGAAGGCAAUAGAAGAUGAAGAUGAGGCUGCCCUUGAUAAAGAAGACCAAGAAAGGGAGCAGGAGAUCCGCAAACUCCUAGCUGAUGAGCUGGAUGAUGACUUACUAGAUGAAGACAAUGCAUCUUUUUCCUCUCACGAUCUACGCAGCACAACAAACAGCCGAGCAAGUCAGCCUCUGGAUGAUUCUCUCAACUUACCACAAGAUUCUGACUCCAAUGAAAUGGCCGAUUUUCCUCCACGGCGAGGAGUGUAUGAAAAACCACCACUGAUGACGCAAAAAGGAUCUAACUUAAUAAACCAGUCAGCCACUAGUAUGCAAACCCAUCACGGGUUCCAGUAUGUUAGCUAUAACAACCAGAAUACUGGUCACUAUCAAGACACUCGGCAUCUCAUGCCACACCCGGGCGAUCCUGGCACUGUUCACAACCCUCCCCUCAAUGGAAAUAAUUAUCAUGGCUAUCAUGACGACGUGGAGAUAGGCAGUUACAGCCCAGAUACUAAUAGCAACGAAGAACAAUACAACGAGAACGGCUAUGAAUAUAAUGACCAUUAUGGAGCUAACCACCAAGGCAGUUACCACAGUGAUCCAAACAGUUUCCAUGGUGACCAAAACAGCUAUAAUGGUGAUCAGGGUAGUUACCAUGGUGAUCAGGACAAUCACCAUGACAAUCAGGGUAGCUACCAUGGUAACCAGGAGAGUUACCACGGUUACCAGGAUGGUUACCAUGGUGAUGAUCAGAAUGGUAACCAUGGCAAACAGGACAGUUACCAUGGUGAUCAUGGUACUUACCAUGGUGAUCAGGGUAGUUAUUAUGGUAGUCAGGGUAGUUACCAUGGUAAUGAUUAUCCUUUUGGUGACGAGAGUAUCCAGUUUCAUUCAUACCACGAAGAUCAGCAUGCUGAACAUAGUAGCAGUAGCAAGCAGGGCGGAGGAGAAGGCUUGCAUAAGCAGGACGUCUCACAGACUCCUUCGUUUCCUGGCAACUACAGAGUCCAGUACGUACCAGGGUACAAGCCUAAGGCCGCACCUUACCAGGACCAAGUGGAGAGAUCUGGUCAAGAGGAUGUCAGAAAACCUGUGCCGCUACCUGGUCAGUCAGGACCAAACACUGUUUGGCGAGACAUGCGGCAGCAGACAGACAAAGACUCCUCCCCAGCUCCAACCGAUCCCAGUGAGUAUGGUGGUUCCCAGAAACCCGACACCCAGCAGUCAACUAAUGCUGCACAGCUGCAAGUGCUCUACCAAGCCAGGGGAAGGAAGAUAGAAGAGCUGAAUAAUAAACUGCAAAAACAAGAGGAGGAAUUGGGACGACAGAUCCGAGUACUCAAUCACCAGCUCAUGAUGGUCAAAGAUGAACAUGCUGGCAUGGCUACUAGUCUAGAACAGGCACAGCAGAUCGCACAGCAAAGCAAACAGGACAUCAGUCGAGUGGAGGACAAGCUUGAAGCAUCUCAGAAGAAAAUUUCUCAAAUACAGCAAGAGAAGCAACAGACUGAGGAGAUGUUACAUACUGCCAACUCAACUAUUGACAGCCUAAACGAGCAGCUGUCCCAGAUGACAAGAGCAGAUGCCCUUACCAAGGCACGCGAGCAGCACGAAUCCAUCCUUAAUGCUGCAAGGAAGCGACAGGAAGAAGAGAUUCUCAGACUCAAGCAAAAACUUGAUGAGUCGCGCUUGUCACUUGACUGGAAGACAGAGGAAUCAAACAGAUUAAGAGAUGAGGUCCUUGAGAAAGGUGACAUAAUCAAUCGAUUGACGAAAACCCUGGACGACACACAAAGACAAUGUCAGGAGCUGGUGAGAACAGGAACAGUAGCAGAGGUCACCUCCCUGAGAAGUCAGCUUCGGGAUGCCCUUGGUGCCAGGGCAACUGCUGAAAAGAGUGUGUCAUCUUUCAAGAAUGAAGUAACAGACUUACAGGAGCAGUUGAGUGUGUAUCAAAAUGCUCUCAAGUAUGGAUUUGGUGGGGAUGCAGCGGAUGCAUCAGAGUCUUUCAGUGUGGCCAGGAACCUCGACGCAGAGAGCUGGGCUACACCUAAACCAAACAUAACCAAUGAUUCCCAGCAGGCUGUGGAUGGUUUGCGUCGUGAAUUAGGGCGCAGCAUGGAAAUGGUUAGUGCUAAGGCAGAGAGAAUAAAAAAACUGGAGGCAGAGGUAGCAGACCUCCAGAGCAUGGUUGAGCAAGACAGACAGCGGGCAGAGAGAAUGGAAAAGCUUGCGUUGGAGCAUGAGAAAAAAGUGCAACAGUUGGAAACAGAACUACAGUCGAAAUCAUCAGGACAAGGUGGAGCAAAUGAAGCAAUCAUCAAAGAGAUGGAACAACUAAGACAGGAGCAGCAGGACUACCAGCACAAGUUGGACAAGUUGACCCAUGCAGAACAGGAACUAGAGGAAGAGAAUAAGAACCUCAGACAACACAUGGCAGAGAUGGUCAAGGAGUUUGAUCAAGACAAGCAAACCAGCUUAGAAAAGUGCAGGGAAGCCUGUCUUCAGUUACAUGAGGACAGUAAGGCCAGACUUCGCACAGAACUAGAGAGUGAGCAUCAAAAAGCCAUCAAGGAAUUGAGCGACUCUAUUGAGGAAAAGAAUGACGAGCUGAUCAGAGUAAAGGAAUGCUACAUUCAGUUGAGAGAGGAGAGCCGUACAGCGGAGCAGAUAAUACGACAGGAGAUGGAGAAAGAGAGAGAGCACCUACUAUCAAAGGAAAUGUCUGAAGCAGUCAAGUCACUGAAGAGCACCCUUACAGCACGACAUGAGAAAGAACUUGAAGCUGCUCGUGAGUCAUGGCAGAUACAGCACUCUCAGGACGUAGAGAAUGCUGUUAAGGAGGCCAUAGAGAAGGCUAAGGAACAGGAAAAACAGAAACAAGUCGAGUCCCUUCAGGCAGCAGUGCAUGAGAUGGUGGCUACAGCAAAGGAGGAGUGGAUUCACCAGGAGCUGGCUGGACAAGUAGAACAGAGGCUGUCUGAGGCACGAGUCCGGUGGGAGGCAGAGGCAGCAGAGGAGGUGAAGAGUAGGGUGAGGGAGGCCCUGAAGGAGGAGCAGCUAACGUGGGAGGAAGAGCACAGGGAGAAGUUGAGACAGGAAGUGGACGCUGCUGUGGCCGAGACAAAGGCAUCCGUUACCAAGAUCCACAAGGAGCAGUUCCAGAGAGACCUUGACCUUGCCUUGCUAGACGCACGUGCGAGCUGGCAGCGUUCCGCAGAGGAGACAAGUGCAAGGGAUAUCGAACAAGAGAUAGAGGUGGCUGUCACAAAUGCUGUAGCUGAGGCUAGAAGUCAAUGGGAGAAAGAGGCUGAGAUAAAUAAGGGGGUCACCUCCCGCACCACGCUUGCCAAGGAGAAGCUGCAGUGGCGAGCAGAGGAGGCAGCUGAGCGUCAGAGGGCGAUAGAGGCUGCAGUAGCCCUUGCGGAGGUGGACUGGCUGGAGGAAGAGCAGAGGAAGAUCUCGACUGCUGUUGAUGAGGCACUGUGGGCUGCCAGGGACACUUGGGAUGAUAAGAAGCAAAGGGAUAUAGCACGGGCUGUGGCUGAUGCACGCCAGGAAUGGGCGUCUACCCAGGAGCAAGAAGUAACACGUGCCCUUGAAACAGCACACUCGGAGCUCGUGGACGAGUUUGAUCAGCGGACGCGUGAAGCUGUAGAGAUGGCGGUCAUGCAAGCUAAGGCCCUAUGGCAGCGAAAUCACGACAAUAACAACAAUAACCAUGAGAAAGAACAGAAUAUUGAAUCAAUCAAGGACAAACUGUGGGCAGAGUUCGAAGAGGCGAAGGAAGACAGUGUGAGGGAAGCACUGGACUCAGAACGCGAGAAGUGGCGCAAAGAGUAUGAAAAGACGACCCAAGACGAAAUCAACAAGACCAUCUCGUACCUAGAGGACCAGUACACCAGGGGAUUAGAAGAGUUCAAGCAUAAGGAACUCCGGGAGGCCCUGGCCCAGGCUCGUGCAGACUGGGAGAAGGAGAGGGAGGUGGAGAUAGAUGAGCUUUUACAGUCCCGUCUUGAGAGUGAGCGUCACAACUGGAGUGCCGCUCGUGACCAGGCCACCCAGAUUGAGAUAGACCGCGCACUAGUAACUGCUCGAGAGGCCUGGGCUGCAAACUAUCAUGAUGAAAUGGAGGAGCGUGUGUCUUCUGAGGUCUCCCGGGUGCGAGAGGAAGUGGCAUCUCACGCGGAAAUGGACAAAGAGAAGGCUGUGAAUGAGGCAAUCAAAGACGUGACAAGAAAACUGGAGUUGGAGAAGAAAAAGCUGAGAGAAGAACUUAAAAGGCUCAAGGCAACUCAAUCACCAGAGAAGAAUGUGAAACGAUGGGAGGAGGAAUGCAAAGCCCUUCGCAAUGAACACGAAAACGAGCUACAACGAGUUCGUGAAGAGAGCGCAAGAGAUGCCCAAGAAGAUGCCGAGCGUGAGCUGGAGCAGAGGCUUCCUGGUAUUUUACAGGAAGCGAAACAGCAGUGGGAGGAAGAGCUCGAGGAAGAAAGGGUUCAACUAGAAGAACAGCACCAGAAGAAAAUUGCUUCCUUGCUUGAGAAAGCCAAACAAGAACACACAAAAGAGCGCGAACAAGCUGUACAAGCCGCUUGUGAACGUGCUGUAAAGCAGCAACAGCAGCUCUGGAUGAAUGAACGCAAGAAGACUCAGUCAUCACUGGAUAGAAUCAAACAGGAGAUGACUCGUGUGCAGCAGAAACAUGUGAACACUAUAGAAGCGCUCAAGCGCGAGCAUGCCGAGGAGAUGAGCAGAAUAAGGGAUGAGGCCAGCAGACAGGUCUCCAUCUUAUCCGACGCACCGCAGACACCUCGUGGCCAGGAAAGUACAAGCGACACAAGCUUUGGAAGCGUGGAUCAGCUGACUGCAGCACGUGGGCUUCAUGAAUUACGUCAUCAGUACCUGGAUACUGUUGCUAAGAUACGGGAUGAUGUUCUUGACCAUGUGAAGCAAACCAAAAUAAGUGCAGCUAAGAAAAUCAGGGCUGAGGUUACAAAGGAGCGACAUUCCACCGCCAAGAAGCUACGCAAGUACUACAUACAGUGCCUAAAGCAGCUACUGGAGGAGGAUAAGGCAGCGUCCGAUAGUGACCAGCCCAUCACUAGUGUACAGGACAAGAUGGAGCGCAUGGCCCGAGCACUCGAGGCCGCUAGUCCUGAUGUGCCCAGCAAAGAUCCAACAACUCAACCUAAAAUACUCAAAUCCCCAAGCAAGAAGAUCCAGAUACCCAGAACUACCCAGUCAACCUCCAAGGAUGACCCAUCCCAAACCAAUCGGCUGGGCGAGUAUGGUCCUCACAUCACUCGGCCGGGGGAGUAUGGGCCAGAUGGGGAGAGUGAUUCCCCCAGGCCCUCCCCCAGCGACAAAAUUCUGAAUGACUCUAUAAUGGACAAGUACGAGGAGUUGGACAAGGAGUCCAAAAAACGAAUAGACUCAAUAAUGAGCAAAGGCCAGCCUCCGUGGGACCCGGAGCAUGCCAAUCGAGUUCUUCCUGAGCGUGAGGAUAAUACUCCUGUUGUAGUAACUCACACUAAACCUCUGUCAGUGCAGGGAAGAUCUGUGGCAUCCACUAUCUCAGUGACUUCAAAUGAGUCCGAUUAUACAGAACUUCCCACCGUAAUCCAUAGCAGUCCAACUAGAGAUAGUGGAAGCCUUCCUAGAGCCCGUGGGGGCCAGGAGGGCCGGCCUGCCGCAACUAAGUCUGCCUUAGGUGAGAUUAAGGCCAGGGUUUUAGGUAAAGAUUCAGUAAAAAGCCCAAGUGUGAAGCAGCCUGUUCUUCAAGGCCUGAAGGCAAGGAAUGCUAGGGUAGAUAAAUAUGGAUCGCGUGAUAACCAGGGUGUGAAUGGGACACCACCAUUACCAUCUAGGCCAAUAGUUAAGAUGACGUCACAAGGGGACUCUUGACCCUCCCCAUCUUGACCAGUACGUAGGCAAUCCAACACCCCCUCUCCACCCUCAACCCCUCCACCACCACCACCACCACCAUUACCUAACAUUGACCGAUAAAUGAUUGACAUCUAUGGAAUCUCAUGACUACAUGAGUAUCUCCCCCUGGAGAUAGAAUAAUCAUGCUAUAGCAAUCCCAAGCUAUGGUAGACAAGCUUUAUGGUAUAGUCCAGGUUACCCCCGUUAAACUACAUUCCUAUUACCCCAUUAUUUAUUAAAUGAAAUCUCAUGGUACUUGAAAGCACUGUCAAGUGUCAAGCCGUGGCGCUGUGUGUACAAAAAUCUGUAAAACAAUUAUUCUUUUGUAUAUAAAUGUUCAGCGAAGAGAAUAAAAUCCAUCGAAUAAA